AUGAAUCUAGAAGGUGUGGGUGAUGAAGUGAGAUGUUACGCCUUCCCCGUAACCUUAGCAGGGCCGGCAAUCCGCUGGUUCAACGCUCUCUCCCAAGGCUCCGUGACAACUUUUGCGGACAUAACCUGCACCUUCCUGGCUCAGUUUACCACUCGUAUUGCUAAAGCUAAGCACCCGAUCAACUUGCUAGGGGUGACACAGAGAAGCGGGAAACCGACAAGGAAGUACCUAGACAAGUUCAACGAUGAAUUCCUGGAGAUUGACGGCCUAACCGACUCGGUGGCCAGCUUGUGCUUGACGAAUGGGCUGUUGAACGAAGAUUUCAGGAAGUACCUUACCACCAAGCCCGUGUGGACGAUGCAAGAAAUCCAAAAUGUGGCUUGGGAGUACAUCAACGACGAGGAGGUUAGCCAAGUCGUAGCAGCCAACAAGCGGCAGCCCGCCUAUCACCCUGCUCGUCAGCCCGGUAACGGAAAAAGGCCUAAGGAGCACUCCAGGGACGGAGGGCCUGCUAAGACCUUUAAGCCGUUCUCCCGGGUAGGAAAGUUCACUAACUACAAUCCCCUGACGGCCCCGAUCAUCGAGGUGUACCAGCAAAUAGCCGACAAAGGCAUCUUGUCGAAGCUCCGCCAACUCAAGGAUAGAACUGGAGGGAACAAAAACCUCUACUGCGAGUACCACAAAGGCUUCGGCCAUAAAACCCAAGAUUGUUUUGACCUGAAGGAUGCUCUGGAGUAG